ACUAUCCUCCACAUUAUUCAGGCAUUGAAAAUGAGGAGAAUAUGGAGUUAGUGCGUUUUGAAAUUGUAAUUACAUAAUUAAAAACAAUAUGACCCAAUAAAUAUUUAAACCUCCGGAAUGUUAGGUGGCAGCAACGUGUUGUCAUGCAACAAAUUUUCAUAAAUCUUACAAAGAAGAAAAGACGACGCACGGCCGUGUAAAGAUGGCGGCCCCCGUCCUGAGAGUGUCUACCCCUCGAUGGGAAAGAAUCGCCCGGCUCCUCGUUUGUUUGCUGGGUAUUUUAUUUUCAGUAUAUGCAUUCCGUGUGGAAAGGGAAAAGGCGCGGGACCCCAGUUAUCAGCCCUUGUGCGACGUGAGCAACUCUGUGAGCUGCUCUAAAUUGGUCACCUCCAGGUGGGGUACGGGAUUUGGACUACUAGGCGCAAUUUUUGGUGAAAAUGGUGCAAUGAACCAGCCAAACAGCGUCUAUGGACUUAUAUUUUAUCUGUUUCAGCUGUUACUGGGCCUCACUGUCAGUGCAAUGGCUGCAUUGACCCUCAUGGCGACGUCCAUUGUGUCAGUCAUGGGCUCGUUAUAUCUGAGCUACAUCUUGUACUUUGUGCUGAAGGACGUCUGCAUCAUCGGCAUCUCCACGUGUGUGCUGAACUUCAUUCUGUUUAUGCUCAACUACAAGCGACUGGUUUACUUGAAUGAGGCCUGGAAGCAGAAGCUUCAAACUAAGGAGGACUAAAACAAAACACUUCAGAAAAAAGAGAAGACCUCUGAACAUUUUUCAAAUGUCAGAUGGAAACCUUGCUUCCAUUGUUUAUAUGACGUAAAAAAGAAAGAAAACCAAAGAAGGUAAAUGCAAAAUGUGAACCUCCUUUCUGGGGCAAAUAUUGUUAGAACAGUGAAAAGGACUGUGGUAAGGACAGGUCAUUUUUGUGCUUUAUUUGGAAAGAGGAUACUUAAACUAUAAUAUCCUUUCCUGAGGAGCACGAAAAGCACGAAAAACACAAAACUGCUGAACUCUCUUCCGCAUCUUUAAGAAUAUCUCAGUCUCUGGAGGAAAACAAACAUUAAAACUGGACUUCUGAAUAAAUGGAGGAAAUAUCAGUCAGUUUUGUGUGUGUGUUGGAGCUGUACUGAGUGCCUAAAAGUCCAGAGUUAUGGGGCAAAGACAUAAAUGCCUAAUCAAAAAACUUGCAGAGUUCAAGGAUGAGAUUCCAUGCAAAUAACUGACAUAUUAUGAAUUUUAUGUUUACCAUACAAUGAUGAGCAGCAUUUAUUUGAUUUGUAGGUGUUUAAAUAGAGGGGGGGGGGGGGGGGGUAGCUUUGGCACGUGUCUGUGUAGUUGGUGUGGCAGCCUAAUUUCUGCUGUCCAUCUGUGGAGUUAUUUUCAGUCGGGGACAGAUUAUUCUGAGAAAUUUACAUUCUAUACCUUUCACUGGUAGCAUUUUUUUCCUUUUUCUUACCACCCACCCAGAAUAUUUUUAGAAAUGUCUUUUACGCAGCUAGGACACCAGUAUGGCAUAUCUUUCGUUCUAUUUUUCUUUAAGAGUAUGCAUAAGGGUAUUCCUGGUAACAUGGCAGAAGUGAACCAUAGGUUGUGUUCCUCAGAAACCAAGAUAAUGUAUAGGUCUUAUAGAUGCUGAAAUUUCGAGGACUUGUGCCUAGGCUGCGUUGGCUUCACAGCUGGUUAGUAAAUGGAGGUGUUCUUUAACCAGUAGAAUCCUGAUGUUAUUGUGUAGGUGUCCUAUUCGGAUUGAUAUGGGGUUUUUUUCCAAGUAUGUUAUAUGGUCAUUGCGAGUACAUUCUUUUUGUCCUAUCGAACAUGCAUGGGCUGUUUUUCAAUACAGGCAUGUAGUAUACCUGCAACUAAACAAAAUAUUUAUUUAAGGUUUUGUAUUUUUCUGAGGGUGGUAAUUUCACUUUAUAAUUGUAUGUUUUAUUGUCAAUGCUGGCCCAAUGUUCUGUGUGAUUUUUGUUAUCAAGUGUGUCGUUAAAAUUUGUACAUCAGUAGUUUUCGUGUGGCACAAUGGUAAUGGCUUCCCACAAGGUUGUGUUAUGAAAUGGUGUUUGUUUUCUGUAUUGCAGCUCAAUGUCAGUGUAUUCCAGUUUUUCAGCUCCGCAACAAGGUCUAUGAUUUAUGAUUGAAGGCUGUUUUAUACUGCUGUGGAGUACAUGUAAAAAUGGGUCUGCAUAGGGGUUGUGCAGAAUGUGUGGCAUGUGCGAAGGUUGCUGACCGUGUCUGCAUUGAUGAUUUAAAAACACAUAGUUAACAAUCAAAGCCUGCAUACACCGCACAGAUGAUGAUUGGUUGGCUACUGCCAAACAUCACUCCACGGGGUCAAGUGUGGUCACUCGUAAAUACUAAGGAAUUUCAAACAGGCAACCUGUACCUGUACAACAUGCCGCACAGGUAUUAAUUUUGCACACAAGUCAAAUCACGUCCUGAAACUGUCCUGAAGUACACAACAGCCCUUGCAAGUGCCUAGAAUGGUGAGGUUUCAGGAAAUUAAUCAAGGCUGACCAUUGUGAUCUGAUCAUUCGGGGCCAAAAGGCAUGCAGAAGCAGAAGUCAUGUUGUGUGUCGGUGUGUGUAGGUCUGGGGAGGAGUUGAGGUAAAUGACAGUUUGUCAUGGAAUGGUAAACACCUGGUACGCUUUGCGUACAUUUAUGAUCCUGUUUUUAUAUUAAGAAAUGAGAAAACAUCAGGCCCCAGCCUUUUCUUGUAAAUAUUUAGUUUUUGUAUUGUGAGGACUACUGGCUGCCAGCCUUUGGCCUAAGUGUGAGGUUCUGUGAGGUCACUGAAACGCAGUUGGUUUCAAAGAAUGAGGUUUGUGUGAGUCAUGUGAGACAGAGACUGUAAAUGAGUCCUGCACAGCAUGGCAACUGAACUGUCAUCAUAAGAGUAACUCAGAAGGCAAAGCACAUCAGGCUGGAUGGAGCAUGUUCUUGCAUUCCACGCUUUGAGAAUCUUCCAGAAAAACAUGAAGGACUCAUACCCUCACUGGCUUCCCACCUGCGAACAUUGCCAAUUGUGUUUGUAGGAAUGUCUGACCAAGUCCGAAGUACCACUGCCAGGGAUUGAACCCGGGUCGUUGCGGUGGUAGGCGAGUGCUUAUACCUCUACACUACCCAGAUGGCCCCAUUUCAUUAUUUCAAAGUAAAGUGGCACAUGCUACGUUGUAGCUGGCCUUGGUUUUUAUAGCAGAGCAAUGAUCAAAUAGUUAAUAUGUAGGGUGCUGGCAGUGAUAAAUAAGAUGAGUUUAUUAGGGAUGCACAGUAUUGGAAUUUAUGGGGUUGAUAUCAAUAUCUAAUAUUUAGCUGGCCAUAUUGGCUAAUGUGGAUACCUCAUUAUAGCGCAAAUGCAAACCGCAGCCAAGUUUCCACAUCCAUGAGGUAGAUGAACACAGCUUACGUCAACUUACGGAGGAAAAAUAUAACAAAUUUUAUUUGUGUGACAAAAUAUUUGAAUUUGCUAAAUAAUGGAAGCGAAUAAUUGAAAGAGCAUGAGUCUACAGAGCCACAGAGUCUUUUUGUAGCUUUGCCUGAGUUUGGCUGGUAAAAAUAACAAAUGAAGAAUAAUAAGUUCAGAUGACUUAUGAGCACCAAAUUUUCACCUAAUUCAACAGCAUUAGCGGCUCGUCAAAUGGAUGACCUGUGUUGCAUAUGAAUCUUGCUUCAUCCUAUCAGUCCAGCAUAUUGCCCAAUACUAGCUUAUUGGCCAAUGCCUGCAAUAUAAUUUUGCAUCCCUAGUGUUUACUUGAUUCUUUAUGAUGGAUGUAUGCCUCUGUGGUUUGAAGUCAAGAGUGAAAUGCUUUAGUAUAUGCACAAUACUAGAUUAUAUGCAUUACUGGAAUAUUGUACUUUGAAAGGGGUGCUUUUGUGAUUGCCGGUAGCAAAAGUGUGUUCUUGUGUGGGAGAGAGCGAAAGAUAGAGAUUUUUUUUUAAACUUUAAGCCAAGUAACCCCCAAAUACAAUAGUGAGCUUUCCAGAAAUUAAUGAGUGGGUUAUUAAUAUUAUACAAUACAGCCUGGAGUUUUGUUAAGAUUUGCCUUUACAGGAUGCAAAUGAACUGUAUGUAGUUAGCAUACAUUACAUCAUUUCUGAGUCCCAGGUUUUGAUGUGCAGUGCCUGAGUCAAUGAAACCUAUAAAAGUGCCUUGUGUUGAAAUGUUUGGCCUGUUUGAGCUGUUAUGAGUUAAGUGUUAAGGAACAAAAUGCAUUCCUGUUUGUCUUUUUCAAGAAAACCUGAUUAUUAUUAUGUUUGGGUGGGGGGGUUUAAGACGUAUUUAAGGUGGUGUGCAACAAUCACCUGUGCAUUUGUAUAUUGUUCUUUGUUCUUUUUAACUUGGAAUGCACAGGUUUGUUUAUUGAACACCAUUUUUCUGUAACGCCUGUGGCAGUAGGGGACAGAAUAGCCAUCAGAUUUGCUGUCAUGAUAAAAUGAUUUUAAAUUAUUGCAACAGAACAGUGACUCUUGCAGUGGGUUUGAUGCCAUGAUUCUACUCAACGAUUAAUAUCUGGAAGUGUACGUCUGUCUAAAUGUUUAACGGGUGAAACCUGAAGGUCAUGUUAAACCAUUUUUAUGGAAAGUGAAGGCCUCCAUUUUAUACAAAAGGGACCUGCAUGUUAUGGCAAUGUAUGAUACCCUGUGUAGAUUAACACCUUAGACUGUUUGUAGAGAAAAUGUAAAGGAUGGGAGGAUGAGGAUACGGUAUAUAUGUGAGCAUCACAAAGCUGUUUGUGGAAGAGUUGUUCUUGGGUAAAAAUAUUCAGAAUUUGCCAAAUGUGCAUUCUUGAAAUGUUGCAUCUUAAAUGACAGUUGUUUCAGUUGCAUCUUAAAUGACAGUUGUGCAUUAAAGCAAAGCAAAAAAACAAUAGCAGGUGUUCCUAGCUACAAAAGCACCUCCUCAGAUACAGAAGCACCCCAUCAGAUACAGAAACAGCCCCUCAGCUACGGAAACACACCCUCAGCUACAGAAACACACCCUCCAAUACAGAAACAUGCCCUCAGCUACAGAAACACCCCCUCAGUUACAGGAACACCCCCUCAGAUACGGAAACACACACUCAGAUACACAAACACACCCUCAGCUACAGAAACAGCCCCUCAGCUACAGAAACACCCCCUCAGAUACGGAAACACACACUCAGAUACACAAACCACCCUCAGCUACAGAAACAGCCCCUCAGCUACAGAAACACACUCUCAGCUACACAAACACCCCCUCAGAUACACAAACUACCCUCAGCUACAGAAACAGCCCCUCAGCUACAGAAACAUACUCUCAGCUACAGAAACACACUCUCAGCUACAGAAACACCCCCUCAGAUACAGAAACACACACUCAGAUACACAAACACCCCCUCAGAUACACAAACUCACCCUCAGCUACAGAAACAUGCCCUCAGCUACAGAAGCACCCUCUCAGAUACAGAAACACACUCAGAUACACAGACACACCCUCAGCUACACAAACACACCCUCAGCUACAGAAACACCCCCUCAGAUACACAAACACCCCCUCAGAUACACAAACUACCCUCAGCUACAGAAACAGCCCCUCAGCUACAGAAACAUACUCUCAGCUACAGAAACACACUCUCAGCUACAGAAACACCCCCUCAGAUACAGAAACACACACUCAGAUACACAAACACCCCCUCAGAUACACAAACUCACCCUCAGCUACAGAAACAUGCCCUCAGCUACAGAAGCACCCUCUCAGAUACAGAAACACACUCAGAUACACAGACACACCCUCAGCUACACAAACACACCCUCAGCUACAGAAACACUUCCUCAGCUACAGUAACACCCCUCAGCUACAGAAACACACCCUCAGAUACAGAAGCACCCCAUCAGAUACAGAACCACCCCUCAGCUACAGAAACACCCCCUCAGCUACAGAAACAUCCCCUCAGAUACAGUAACACCCCCUCAGAUACAGAAACACACACUCAGAUACAGAAACGCACCCUCAGAUUCAGCAACACACCCUCACAUACUGGCCAUGACUCAUGAGAUAGGCCUAAUAACUUUUGAGUCGCAGGUGUCAGUAUUUCAGUUGUGUCACUGUUUUCUGGAAAUGGUCUAUUAAAAUUCUUCCAUGUAAAUGAC